UUGUCUGUUGAGUAUUUAAUCUUUCAUUUCUCUUAUUUUCAGGUGCACAGCUUCACUGAGCGCAUUGGCACUGGCUCCUCCCGUCACAAGCUUGAUUCAGACGACCUUAGCUCCAGAUCACUCGGUUCCCCCUCAAACCAAGAGAUUUGCAUUAAACAGAAUUAUCCUGUCACUCGCUUGACGACCGCAGGAACGCGUUUACCUGAAAAGAGGGUCAGAGUGAGGGGAACGAGUCUGACGUCCCCAGCUGGCAUUGAUGCAGAGAACAAAGGUCCAUCCAAAUCAAUGACUAAAAAUAAAGAUGAAACUAGUGGCGAUAAUAGUUGUAGUAAAAAUGAUAGUAUCGCUGCUACUGACGCCUUCCAGAGUCCUGAAAGAGUGAGUUCCAUUCGGUCAGACAAGCAGGUUGGUGGCUGCAAGAAAAGCGGAGCCUGCCGAAUUGCCAACAAGCCAUAUGAGGGCGGCAUUCGCGGAGAAGGCGUUAACACCAGGCAGGCCGGCGACGACGGACGCCUCAGUGACCAUACCGGGGCCGCCAAUGCGCCUGGCUCCAACCCUCGCCGGCACCGCUGCAGCAUCUGCCACAUUGGAUUCCGAAUGUCCGGGCAUCUGGCCAAGCACUACAGGUCGAAAGCGCAUCUCACCAUGCUGCUCCAGUCGGGCCGGAUCCCGGCCGCCCUGGCCGAACAGGUGCGCGCCAGCAGUCUGCCUGUGCACCAAUUGGUUGACCAGAACACCGGCGAGCUCCUUGCCUUCAUAGACCAUGAGGAGGCGGCCAAAUAA